AUGAACUAUGAUGAUUCGCCCACGGGUGGGCUUAUGAAAUUUCUCGGGGCUAUUUCCAACGGAGGUGCGCCAGGAACAGGUAUCAGCAAAAUUAUCAAGAUAGGGCAAAACCUUUUAGGUGAUCAGUUACCUGAUAUUCUCAUUCAGUACAACAUUGGUGUGCAAAACGUUUUGAUGGGUGGUUACCCCACAAGGUGGGAUAUGGCUCCAUCAAUUGCCUUCACCGUAAUAUUCUUUGUGUUAUUGCUAUGUCAUACUGCAAUAUUUUUCACAAACUUCUUCCGAGGACACUAUUUCUGGGUACAGAUCGGAUUUAUUAUUUAUGGGCUCAUGAAAGUCCCAGCAUACGCAAUGAGAGCCUACUGGAGUACAGAUAUAUUGCAGAUCAAUAUAGGUUUGUCUUGUGAAGUUUUGCAAAUUGUGCCGGCCUACUUGAUCGUCUCGCUUAACUUGAUAUUGACGCAGCGGUUGUUCACAUGGCGUCAUCCUGUGGGUGGUUCCAGAUGGCUUUUCUGGGGAAUCAUGUUGGGAAUGUAUGCAUUAGUAUUUGUGUUCAUUGCCAUUAUCGUCACUGCUUCUUUGGUCCCCUACCUUUACUACGUAAGUUAUGCCUCCUAUGAGAAAUGGGCUAAAGUGAACCAGGCGUGUGGUAUUAUUGUCAUUCUUUAUGUUAUGACAUCGGUUUCCUUGCUUGCCUUAUCCUAUCUAUUUCCUCCAACGACGAAGGAUGAGAAUCUUUACACUUACCAGCCAGGUGGAUCAAAUCGUUUGCUCCAACAUACUUCGUCGAGAAAGGUGCAGCACAGAGAGCAGAAAUGA